AUGGCUCAACGUGCUGCCAAGUCUCACCACCACCCAGGUAUUGUCCCCACUGAAAUUGGCAAUUUGGCUUCUACCAUGACCACACUAUAUAUAGGGCACACACACCUUGCCCUCCCAAAGGAGGUCUACAAACUGACUAGUUUGGAAACUCUCUACAUUGGGCUGGAACAAGAACCCGUUGGGCCACUCGAACUUCAUCGCAUUUUCAAGUGCAUGAGGAACCUUACUCCUUCUUCCUACCCUAUGGAGGCUGAGCUUUGUCUGCUUUCUGACUUGGAAAGGCUUGGAAUUGCUGAUACCAACAUUACUGGAUCACUGCCAUCAGAGCUUUGGAAGCUGACAAAUCUGGUGAACCUUGAUGUUGGGAGCAAUGCCUUGACAGGGACCGUUCCAACUGACCUCGCCUUGUUGUCGAGCUUGGAAACUCUCUACCUCGAUUCCAACAACUUGACAGGAACGCUUCCAUCAAAUGUGUAUGAACAUCUAGGAGGUCUGACCCGCUUGUACAUCAGCGAUAAUCCAAUCUCGGGCACCAUCCCCACCGAGGUCGGCCUGUUGGGCAACUUGACCUACUUGCAUGUGCACCGCACCUCACUUUCGGGCACGCUUCCGGCGUCUCUUUUAUCCUUGCUUCAACUUGAUAGUAGGCUGUCUCUUGUAGAUACCAAUCUCUCCGGAAGCAUCCCUGAUGGCCUGUGCAAUGCCACCGUUCGCGACGAGUUGAAUUGCCCCCGACUGGAUUUCAUGUGCCAGCCUCGUUUUGUCACUUGGAAUGCGUCUGUUUGCGAGGGAACUGCGCUUUGUGGUUGCGGUUGUGACGAGUGCUCCUGA